AUGACAGCAACACCACUCCCGACCAACCUCAUCGUCGUCUGCUGCCACGGCAUCUGGACCGGCGGCCUCACCAACGGCGCCGCCGAGUCCGAGUGGCUCAUCGCCGACUUCCAAACCGGCGAAACCCCGACGUUUAUCGAGCACAUCAAGGCCGGGCUGACGGCACUGCGGGACGAGUACCCGGCUUCCGCGCUCGUGUUUUCGGGAGGCCCAACACGUAAAGAAACACCCCUCUCCGAAGCAGAAUCCUACGCCAACCUCGCCGCCGCAAACACCUACUUUGGCAUCCUCCCUCCUCCACCUCCUCCCUCCUCUUCCCUUUCCUCCACCACCACCAUGCCAUCUCCACCUCCUCCCAUAACAUCCCUCAUCCACACAGACACCCUCGCCCUAGACUCCUACCACAACAUCCUCCACUCCCUCCUCCUCUUCCACCGCCUCUACUCAACCUACCCCCGCACCCUCACAAUCAUAAGCCACGCCUUCAAACAACCGCGCAUCCUCGACGGCCACUGCGCCGCCAUAGGGUUUCCCUUGGAUAAGGUCAGGUAUAUCGGGAUCGAUCCGCCGGGGAUGAAGGGCGCUGCUGCCGCCUCGACGACGACCAACGCUACCCCCGGGGAGAGGAGAAACGACGAGGAUGAUGAUGAGGAGGACCGUGGUGACGGUUCCAAAGCGGGAGCCAUCGCGGGCGUAAAACACGCCGCGGACGAGUGGACGGUUGACCCGCACGGCGUGGGCGCGAGUCUAGCGGGCAAGAGGAGGGCGAGGAAUCCGUGGGGUUUGGGAGAUGUUUUAUUCGUGAGCGAGGGGGAGAGGAGACAGAGUGGGCUCGUUACGAGAUUUGUAGACGGGCAUGAGGCGCUUGUAGAAGAUGCAAGGAGGCCGUGGGCUUAAGACGGUAUCUAUACAUAUUCAACCCCUUUUCUUCAACCUC